AUGAAGCCUAUAUCUACUUCAGUUAGCAUCUUGCUUAGAGCACUCCAGAUCAUAUGUGCCAUUAUCAAUUUUGGACUCGAUAUGGCGAUAUCUGGUAUGCUAUUAGAUGCAACCACUUAUGGUGAUUGGUGGAUAUAUUUUCUAAUAGUUUUCCUGCUUACUAUAAUAUAUUUGAUAGUGGUUCUAGUACCCGUAUGCUUAAAACGAGUACCCCCAUGGGUAUUUUUUAUGACCGAAACCAUAUACAUGGUCUUAUGGCUAGUGUAUUUCGCAGCAAUGGUUGCAGCGUUCAAAAGUAGAUCCUGUUCCAAAGCGUACUACAUGAGCGAUACGUGGUGCAAUUUGGAAAAACCAGUGAUCGCGUUCGGCGCGAUUAGUUGGUUGAUUUUCUGUUUAUCGUUGGUGUUACUUGUGGUAUUCACAAUUAUUCCCUGUCUACGUACUCCAGGUAUGCACGGCUUAAUCGCACCCACUAGAUUCAAAAUUGGGGCCUUAUAUUUGCAAGAGCGCCCUGCAGAACUCACACACGACGUAGAACUAGGGUCCAAUACUUCCCAUGAAGGACCGGGACAAUUGAAAGAGAUCCCGACCCCAUAA